AUGGAAUUGUUUCGUUUCUUCCCCUCCCCGGAGCGAACCACGGACCAGUCUCCACCAUUGUCGGACCCGGUCAUUGUUGACCCGUACCAGGUGUUGCAGGUCCGUAAAGACGCCACGGAUUCCGAAAUUCGACACUCAUACCGGCGCUUGGCGCUUUGGAAUCAUCCCGGACGGUCCGCCAACGCCUCUCGGGAGGAACGCGAGCGACGACUCCAAGUCUUUGGCGUUCUCGCGGCCUGCUACGAAACGCUCUUGGACAAGGAAGCCCGUCGCCGCUUCGACGCCUUGCACCGGGAUUUCGAUUACCGAGCGCGGAUUCGUCACUUACCGAAAGGAGAUAUUCGUGUAGGCGGGCGUAACGUCAAAGUGGAGACGAUAGAUCCGAAACAGUCGAAGCGGCCCGAGACACGUGCGGAGGCCUAUCCGACGCACUGUCUACCGACCCUGGCUCUUGCGUCAUCCGACACCAGUUCAAAUCCGGAUCAGCCAGAGACAAAUCUAACAGAAACUUUGCACGCAAAUAGCAAAGACGUUGGUAUCCCAGUGGUAAAGCGGUCCAACCCGACGGAUAGGCAGGAUACAAUGAGGCUGUGGAGUUGCGGAAUGAUAGACUCCCUGACACCAAAGAAUGACACUGCCCAAUCCACAACAUACCUUCCGAACACCAACGUAGAGGAUGAGGAUUUAGACAUUCAAUACACCGAGUCGGAAAUGAAUCGCCUGUUCGGUGGUCCGCUUCAGCUUUUGUUUCGGGCGCGCCGCUGGGAACCUUUCCGCGAUCCAUUUCAAGUCUUUACCAUGGUCUUUGGCUCCGAGCUAUCGUUAUCGAGACCGUUGGAAGCAAUGGAUGCUCCCAAGACGAACGAGGUAAUUCCCUUGUCACCUUCUCGAUCUUCCCAGCCUUCAGGAUGGACGGGACGGUCGGAGACGUUGGCCAACGGGACGGUUGUGUUUACCACUAGUCGCUUGCUGAGUGAUCGCAAAGUCAUUCGGACCGAGGCGGUUCGUACCGAUCCCGUUACGAAAGAACAAUACGCGUACGUGACCGUCACGUCCGAGCCACUUGAUAGUGACUCCGUCGUGGAUGGUAAAAAAGCCGUGCGUCUAGACUUUUGUGGCUAUUUUUCGUUCUGCGCAACCGAUACGACGAUGGAGAGAGUUGCGACCAACAACGAGUCGGGAACGUGGUCCAUGUGUGGUUGCGGGGCGUGGUAG